AAAAAUGGCGGAGCACUAGUCUUCCCUCCCUUCCCGCCUUUAUUCAGUUGCCCAAAGUGACACUUCGGACAUUCUUGGGGAAUCCAAAUCAUUUUCUGAGGCAGAGCGAUGUGUGGGAGAGCUCGUUGUACUCUGAGAAACGAUGACUUCCCUCGGGCUUGUCAUCGCAGUGGUCCCGUUCGUUCCGUCAACAUGGACCGGUAUAGACCAUCAUAUAAUGUAUCUCCGGGAUAUAACUUGCCAGUAGUUCGUAGAGACGAUGCAUCUGAUAGCGAAGGAUGUGUUCUUCAUUGCAUGAAGUGGGGUUUAGUUCCCAGUUUCACCAAGAAAACAGAGAAACCUGAUCACUACAAGAUGUUCAAUGCUCGAUCUGAAUCCGUUGGUGAAAAAGCUUCAUUUCGCCGUCUUCUUCCCAAAUGCAGGUGCCUUGUGGCAGUAGAAGGAUUUUAUGAAUGGAAGAAAGGUGGAUCAGGAAAACAGCCCUACUACAUUCACUUCAAAGAUGGACGCCCUCUUGUCUUUGCUGCUCUUUAUGAUUCUUGGCAAAAUUCUGAAGGUGAGAUGCUUUAUACAUUCACUAUUCUCACAACCUCGUCAUCUUCAUCCCUCCAGUGGCUGCAUGAUAGAAUGCCUGUUAUUUUAGGUGACAAGUGUUCUACUGAUUCCUGGCUAAACAAUUCUUCCAAUCACAAGGCAUUGCUCAAGCCAUAUGAGGAAUCUGAUUUGGCUUGGUAUCCAGUCACACCUGCAAUGGGCAAGCCAUCUUUUGAUGGACCUGAGUGCAUAAAAGAGAUUCAGCUAAAGACAGAAAGGAAUGCUUCGAUUUCGAAGUUCUUCACAAAAAAAGGAGCUGAAGACUCAAAGCCAGAGCAGAGAGUACCAAGUCAUGAACCUGUCAAAACUGAAAAGCUGCCAAAAACCCAGAAGGAGGAGCCUGAAACUGAGGAGGGAGAUGAUGACAAAAAAACCAGAGAAUGUAACUAUGAUAAAGAUGAUGUUGCAAAGCACCACAUCAAGCGUGAUUAUGAGGCCUUUAAAGCAGAUUCAGAGCCAGCUUCUCAUGAAACUGUUCAGGAGAGCACAAGUCCUGUGAAGAAAAAGGAAAAAGUGAAGAAUGCUGCGGAUGAUAAACAAUCAUCCUUAUUUUCAUACUUCGGAAAAUGCUAAUCUAGCUUGCUGUUGUGUUAAGAUUUCUGUGUUUGUUUUGUUCUAUCAAUGAUGUGAAUCAUGAAAUGUCGCUUUAUUUUGGUUGGUGUAGGCACAUUCAGUAACGCUUCUUACUAUAAUAUUCCUCUAAUCUUAAUGUGGGGCCUCUAAUCUGUGGUUAACAUUCGAGAUCUGACAGAACACCCCCCCCCUUCGUGGGUU